UUGUGUUUUCUUCUCCUCCGCGCCGCGCAAUCUAAUCUCUCUCAGAUUUCCUCUUCCUCUCAAAGUAAGCUUCUUCGAUCUUCCUCGUAUACUUUCGUUUCGAAACGAGAAAUGGCCGACUCCAAGGUGGUGGUUCCAGAGUCUGUGCUGAAAAAGAUCAAGAGGCAAGAGGAAUGGGCAUUGGCGAAGAAUCAGGAAGCUGAAGCUGCUAAGAAGAAGAGUGUCGAGACACGGAAGCUUGUCUUCAAAAGAGCUGAGCAAUACGCCAAAGAAUACGCCGAGAAGGAUAAUGAGUUGAUCCGAUUGAAGCGUGAGGCUAAGCUGAAAGGAGGGUUCUAUGUUGACCCUGAGGCUAAAUUGCUCUUUAUCAUUCGUAUCCGUGGUAUCAACGCCAUUGACCCAAAAACCAAGAAAAUUCUGCAGCUCUUGCGUUUGAGACAAAUCUUCAAUGGUGUAUUCCUUAAGGUGAACAAGGCAACAAUCAACAUGUUGCGUCGUGUUGAGCCUUACGUGACUUACGGGUACCCAAACUUGAAGAGCGUAAAGGAACUGAUCUACAAAAGAGGAUAUGGGAAGCUAAGCCACCAGAGGAUUGCACUUACAGACAACUCGAUAGUUGCUGAAGCUCUAGGCAAACACGGGAUCAUUUGUAUGGAGGAUCUGAUCCAUGAGAUCAUGACCGUUGGACCUCACUUCAAAGAAGCCAACAACUUCCUUUGGCCAUUCCAAUUGAAGGCACCACUCGGUGGUCUUAAGAAGAAGAGGAACCACUACGUCGAAGGUGGUGAUGCCGGAAACCGUGAGAAUUUCAUCAACGAGCUUGUCAGGAGAAUGAAUUGAUGAAUGCUUCCUUCCUUGUUUAUCUGUUUUAUCCAUAUUCAUAGAUUUUGGGAUCUGAGUUUUUUUUUUUUUUUUUUUUGUUUCUUUAUCAACCGAUCAGAGACUAGUGAUCUUUGUUUGAGAUAGGCUUUGAUUAUUCAUUUGCUUUUUUUAACUUUGUGUGUUCUUCUCAGUAAAAAUUGGUCUCGAAAUCAUUUCGGCCUUUUAAUUUA